AUGUCGUCGUUGAUGAUGAACGGUAAAGAGGCUGCCGUAACUUUUCCGCCAAUGCUUCCGAGACAUUACAUAUCCGGUGGAUAUGCUCGAGAAGACGCCAACAUGUCUCGACGAAGCUAUCCGCCAUUAGUUUAUGGAGACACAGACAAUCGCCUUAAAUGCUAUUCUGGCCAUAGUGACGCAGAUAACUACACAGUUACAAGCAAAUAUGAAGAGGGGAGAAUGGUUUUGGAAAUCCCGGACCCGGGAUUUGCUAUGACAGCUACCUCCAUCGCUACGAAUUUCGUGAUCUCUAAUAUGUUAUUGUAUGGUUUGACUGGACGUGCCAGAUUUUCCUAUCUUCUGAGUGUAUUCACUGUUCCAUGUUCUGUUUUUCUUUGUUUACGAGAUUCACGAAAUGAUUAUGAAAGGUGGAAGGAACUUCGAUCACUGCGCAUCAGAGGAGUCCCUGACAAAUUCAUGCCUUACAAGUGCAAGUAUGAUUGGACGAACUAUGAAAAAGUGCUCAACAAAAAGACAGACAAAUGA